CAAAAGCCAGGCAUCUGUCAUGUAAAGCAUGAUAUAAAGCCAGCAGCAGAAAAACCAACAGUCCUAAUGUGGGAGCAAAAACAUUCCUUAUUACUUCCUGUGGAUUUAAAGAAUUUUUUUCUUGCCACCAAUGGAUUUCAUUUAACGUGGUCAGUUAAAAUGGAAAAUGCUUGUAUCCCUGUGGGUGUGAUGCACAUUAACAGCAUAGGACAUCUGUUGCGACUAGACAACGCAGUCAGUGAGGGAACCCACGUUCAGCCUAGUUUGUGGGAUCUGGAUAUGGAGGAACAGAAAGAUGAGAAGAGAGUCCCAAGUUUUGUUGAGAGUAAAAUUUUUGAACUAGAUGCUUGUGAUGGAUUUGGUAAAGUGUGUCUAGUGUACACUCGGGCACCUAAAGAUGACAGCAGUUCAGAAAGUGACAAUUACAUAACUAAAAUAUGGUUUCUAGAUCGCUCCCUGCGCUGGCACUAUAUUUGUGAUACUUUCCUGGCGUACUAUCGCCUCAUGCUCAUGCAUCUUGGCUUACCACACUGGCAGCUUGCAUUUACAGAUAUUGGUCUUCCUCCGUAUGCAAAGGCAAGAAUGCCAACCUUAGCCUCCCUACUGAGUAUGACGGCACCCAGUGAGGUGGGUGAGAAAGCCAAGGCUUCCCCACUAGAUGUCAACAAAGUUUUCAAGGAAAAGAGUGAUCAAAG